AUGAAGCCACAUUGUUGCUUAUUCACUGUUGUGGUGAGUGUCAUCGUGCCAGCUGCUUUCGUUUUAGAAGAUGAAGACUUCAGUCAAAUGGCUCUGCUGGGAGCAAAUCACAGUUCUUCCAAUGCAUCCUUCCCCCCAAGCUUUGAACUCUCAGCAGGUUCCCACCCAGGCGACGAUGUCAUCAUAGCAAAAGAAGGAGCUAGUGUUUCAAUCGAGUGUCUUCUCACAGUCAGCCACCGUGAAGACGUCCAUUGGUACAACUCAAAAGGACAGCAACUGGAUGACAAAAUCAGAGGUGGCAAAUGGUUGGUUUCUGAUAACUUCCUGAAUAUCACCAACGUAGCCUUUGAUGACCGUGGGCUCUAUACAUGUCUAGUCACCUCUCCAAGCCAUGCCUCCUACUCUGUGACCCUGCGUGUUAUCUUCACCUCAGGAGACAUGAGUGUCUACUACAUGAUUGUUUGCCUGAUCGCCUUCACAAUCACUCUCAUCUUGAAUGUCACACGUUUAUGCAUGAUGAGUAGCCAUCUUCGCAAGACUGAGAAGGCCAUCAAUGAGUUCUUCAGAACUGAAGGAGCUGAGAAACUUCAGAAGGCCUUUGAGAUCGCAAAACGCAUCCCCAUCAUCACCUCCGCCAAGACUCUGGAGCUUGCCAAAGUCACACAGUUUAAGACCAUGGAAUUUGCUCGCUACAUCGAAGAACUGGCACGAAGUGUUCCCCUGCCACCUCUUAUUCUGAACUGCCGGGCCUUUGUGGAAGAGAUGUUUGAAGCUGUGCGAGUGGAUGACCCUGAUGACAUUGGAGAGAGAAUUAAAGACAGGCCUGCCUUGGAUGCUCAGGGGGGCAUCUAUGUCAUUAACCCAGAGAUGGGCAGAAGUAAUUCACCAGGAGGUGAUUCAGAUGAUGGUUCUCUGAAUGACCAAGGCCAGGAGAUAGCAGUUCAGGUCUCUGUACACCUUCAAUCAGAGACCAAAAGCAUUGAUACAGAUUCUCACGACAGCAGUCAUUUCAGCCCAUCUGACGAUGUGGGAGCUGCUGAAUCUAACCAUAAAGAGGGAAUGUGUGAAAACUGUCAGCUGUGA